AUGGCAGUGAAUACACACAGCUUCAGCCGCCGCGCCGUCGGGGUCAGUCGCACAACCAGUGAAUAUCCCUACCAGGGCAUCCAACACUUCCGAGACAUCAUCUACAGAGAGAACGCAGCAGAAUCCAAACACCCCUACGUGAUCUUCUCCAACAUCAAUGAGCAAACCUUUAUGCGGGACUUUUCCGAGUCGCGGGAGCAGAAUCAUUUAUACAGCGACUAUUUCCCUCAGCUCCAAAUUCUCCUCGCCAAAAGACCACCCACCCGGGCCACUGAACAGGCACGCAAUGGGAUCAACAAUGCGAUUGUAGUCAAGCGGCUCGGGUUCAUGGAUAGGUAUCAUCUCGAUGAUCAGCUGCGAACCCUCGGAAGGGCUGAUGUUAUAACUCCUGAGCGCAUCAAACCGCCCGACAUGUCUUACCUGCCUGUGCGGGUUCCAGCCGGCCGCUCCGAUUGCUGGCCAUCGGUAGUGUUUCAGUGUGCCUACUCAGAUUCUAAUGGCAAGCUGGCCAGUGAUGCUCGCUGGUGGCUGAAUGCUUCCGGCGGGGAAGUAAAAACUGUCCUCGCCAUCACAGUUUGGAGAAAGUCCAAGGGAAUGACUUUCGAGACGUGGGAGUUGAUCAGCCGUCCGACGAGAGGAGAUAUAGAGAGAAAGGUGCCCGAGGUGGUCCAGAAGGUGGUUGUGUCUAAGGAAAAAAGCGAUGAUGCGCCAGUGCGUAUCACUGGGGCUCCCCUUGUGCUAGGUUUUGAGGAAUUGUUCCUUCGACCUGCAGAUGAGCAGAAGGGGGAGGGGGACAUCGUCAUAGAUGGAGACGAGUUGGCCAUGGUUGCAGAACAUGUAUGGAUGAGAGACUAG